GCAGGAUCUCUGUCAAAAUUCUGUGAGUCUUAGAUUGAGUCAUAGGUUGUCAGUCAAGGGUUAGAGUCUACGUGGUGAGGUCUGGAACCUCUAACCCGGUUGUACACUUAUCACCAUGGUUGAGACCCGUAGUGGGUUAGACACGAGCCCCUAUACUAAGGAGCGGCAAGAAAAGAUGGCCGCCUUAGUGAAAGAGAACAGGGAGAGGAAAGAGCGCGAGAAACAGGCGAACUUAAAGGCGAUUGCAGACGAACAGGCGACGAAGAUGAAGGAAAUAGAGGAGGAGAUGGAGAAAAAGAAGAAGGCUGCUGAAGAGGAAGCGGCAGCAGAAGAAGAAAAAGAAAGAACGAGGAUUGAGAGCAGAGAGGGAAGUAGUGGCACGAAGAAAGACACAGACGCAGAGAUGGAAAAGAAAAUAAGUGAGUGGGUUGCUAAUUUAUCGUUGGAAGAAGAUGAGGAGGCACAGAUGUAUGUGCCGCCGGAAGAGAAAGAAGCGUUUGCCAGGGCCCUCGAAGUAAUUAAGGACCCCCUUGAACGUCAAGAGGCUGAGGAGGAGAAGAGACUGAAAUGGAAACUCAGGAUGAAAAGGGAGCAGAAGAGGAGAAGGGAGGAAGCCAACCGGUUGACCGCAGAGGUGGAGAAGGUGCGAGCGUGUAGACAGGAAGUCCAGGCGCAGGCAGAUGUUUCUGCCAAGAUGGAUAAGAUGUUAGGAUACUUAGAGGUGUUGAGUGAGGCCUGGCUAGAAGAACGGCACGCCAAUCAGGGCCAAGAUAUUACCCUGAAAGCCAUGCAGUCAGGUUUUAGAGAGUUUGCGCGCGAGAUCGUCACCCACAUUGGGGGCGAAGUCCGACAAUUGAGGGAUAAUGUAGGGAAGUACUGCGAAGGCUUCAUUGAAGGUGCCAAAGCCAUAGCCGCUGUAGAGGGCGAGGCCAGACCUCACAAGGACCCUGUCAAGCUCAAAUUCCCGGAUGCUUAUGGAGGGAAGAAGGAGGAAAACUUUGACAACUGGGAAGCCAAUGUCAACAGUUAUAUCUAUUUACAGCGUAUCCUGUCAGAGGAGCAAGUCCUCGUGGCCUUUCAGGCCCUCAAGGACGAAGCGGCUAGUUUCGCCAGGUCCCUUGCGCGCGCAGCCGGUUGUGAAAACAACCUGGUUGCCUAUUCAAAAGUCACCCCCCUUUCUCAAAUCCUCAAGCUCCUGAAGGAGCGAUUUGCUGACCCAACGAGAGGCAUUCUUGCCUCUGACAAGCUACAAACAAUCCACUCACGACAGUGGAGGAGUGCAAGGGCACUCAAGGGAACCAUGGACGACCUGGUGGCCGUCCCAGACCAUGGCGUCACUGAGACCCAGUUGGUCCAAUUGUUUUAUCGUGCCAUGCCAGAGCCCCUGAGCGGGCACUUCUUUGAUAAGACUGAACAGACCGACAUCACCUAUGAUGCGUUGAGUAGGGAAGUGGUCCUGUUGGAGUCAAAGUCCAUGCCAGUUUCCACUUUCUGGCAUAAGGAUCUGGAAAAAGGGAAAAGGUGGAAAGGACGUACCAUCUAUGGCCAAGUCAAGGCCAAGGAUCACAUGAUCCUUAUGUUAGAGGAAGGUGGUACCAAUGAGGUCCCAUAUAGUCAGAUUGAGUGGGGCCUAGAGGAAGAGGAUAGUAGUGUAGGACAGGGGGAGGUCUUAUGCUGUUGUCGCGGCUGGAGGGAGGCCGCAAGGUAGAGGAGGAGGCCAGGGCCAAAGGGGCCAGGCCAUGGGAGGUCGAGGACCGAGCGCACAGGGGGUUGGCGGCCAAUGAAACCGCCAAGCGGGA